AUGUAUGACUGGGGCUUUGCGACGUUUGUUGGCCUGGUGGUGCGCGACUUUACAGAGUGGCAGAUUCACGAUGUAGAUGAGUGUUCUAUCUCCAAUAUGCACCGCUCCACGGAUGCUAUGGGCGCCGACAGGAGUCGGGAUAGGAGGAGCGUUACUGUUAAGACGCUCAAGUUGGCGCAGGCCGAGGAUCGGGCACGCAGGACCUUCCGAUGA